UUUGACGUUAGUAUCCCGUGAAAUAAAAAACCCAGCGAAUCUCCAAAUGCCCGGUAAAAGAAAAAAAACCAAUCAAAAAUUUCCCCCUGAAAAAGUGCAUCAAAGCGAGAGUAAAGCCCGCCUCCGAGAAUCCCAUUAAUACCCAAAAUAAUGCCGCCAACAAACCAAUAUUAACAAACGUAUAAUGCGGGGUUAUUCAGUGUUAAUAGUAAAUGUACAGUAUCAACCAAUCAGCGCAUCGAUAAGGAUAAACGCAAAUUGUACGCGGGGAACGUGUAACCCCCAUUGGCCAGUUAAAGUGAGGAUGAUGGCACCGUGAUGGUAGAACAUGGCUGCUACGCAAGCCGAGAGCCAACAAAACGAUGUAAAGCACAAUGAAACAGUGAAAUGUAAUAAAAAAAGGGGACAAAAUAGUGGUAAUAGUGCAAGUGUUAGUAUUAAUAAGCAGCUUGAGCAGGAGCCCAACGAUAAAAUAAAUCGGGGCGCGGCCCAGCUGCUCAAGUAUGUGAAUCGUGGUGACGGUGAUACUGGAUACGAGAUGAGUCAAUAUCGUGAGGACAUUGGUGGACAUAACGUUGGUGAUGUCAAAUCACCGCGUGAUGGACCACAGAAUUCACAGAGUGUACAGAGUAUUGCUAGUGGUGAUGGGGGUAAUGGUGGUAAACAGGAUGGACAGGUACAGGGACAACAGCACGAACAAACACAUAGUCAGCAUGGUGGACAACACUCAGCUCCUCAUCCAAUGCAUCAACAUCCUCCUCAUCAUUCAACACACACACCCCACAAUCUUCAUCAACCACAUACUGGACAUACUACUAAUUAUCCAGGGACUAAUCCACCUGGUGGCCAGCAUUUGUCGAGGGAGUAUCAUCAGGAUGAUUAUCCUGGUAAAUCUAGUGAGUUUGGGGGUAAACAGCCACCUGGGGAUUAUCAUAAACCUGGUAUCAGUGAGGGACAGAGUGAGAGGCAUCAUUCGGAGAUGGAUGAGCAUUAUUCAUCCAAGAUUGAGGGAAGACUUGGUCAUAUUGUUCCUGGGGGUUUUCCGGGACAGCCCAGGUUCUUGUCUGGUCAGAGUAUAUCACAGGCCACUGGACCUACACCAACCUUGAAUCAGUUGCUUCAGGCCACUAGUUCUCCACACAGGUUUCAUCCUAAUUAUCCGGGAAUUGCACCUGAGUCUUAUCAGCAGCCCUGGCCCAUGCAGAGACCUCCUGUUGUUCCUCCGGUUUAUCCACAACCCAGUCAACGACCACCGCAAACUGGAUCUCCGAGGCUACAUCCUGGACCUGGUGGACCUAGCUCUCCCACUCCUAUGCCCUAUCAACCGUAUACGACGCGUUAUCCAUCACCUGCUAGACCUCAUUCACCUUAUGGGCAUCAUCAGUUGAAUUCAUACGCGUCACAAGGAGGCCACCCCCCGAGCCUGUACCCCGAUCAAAGGGCCUGGAAUCAAGGUGGGCCCCCUAAUGCCCCACCACCACCACCACCAAGUCAAGCAAAUUCAUCGAGUCAAUCACCCCAGCGUGCGCUGUCCCAGUCUCCAGCACCGCCGCCCUCAGCAUCCCCUCAGCCCCAGCCCACACCAGGACAACAACAGAAUUAUCACAAUAUGCAACGAUCGACGACUCCUAAUACUCAAGGAAUUGACUCUGGGGAACUCUCCGGUCAAAACAGUAAUGACAGUUCAAACGGACCGGCGGGUCCAGGAACGCCAAAUUCCCAGGGGAUGAGACCAACACCAUCACCAACCGGCUCGACAGGUUCACGAUCAAUGUCGCCAGCUGUUGGCCAGCAAAACGUCCAGAUGCCACCUCGGCCAUCGUCGAGCCAGUCUGAUGGUAGUGGUCCAGCGAGAAUGAGUCACUCACCAAUGGCAACACAGGGUGGAUAUCAGCAGCCACUUGGUCCAUCUGGACACAUGCACGGUUAUAAAUUAAACAGCAGUGGAGUACCAACACCACCAACAGGCAUUGGUGGACCAAUGGGUCCAAUGAGUGGUGGUGGUAUGGGUUAUCCAACGAGUGGCAAUGCACCACAGCCAGGUGGUUAUCCAGGCCAGAGCCCAGGUUAUCCACCACCCAGACCCCACAUGUCAUUUCCAGGUCAGGGUUAUCCACCACCAACGAAUUCCCAGCAUCCACCACCAGCUCCCAACAAUCAGUAUCAACCGGCCAGACCAAAUAAUUUGGUGCAAUAUCCACCCUAUCCCCACAAAAUGGGUUUCAACAGUGUACCACCUGGUAUGCCACCAAGCCCCGGUCCACCACCACCUCCACCUACCCAGGGUGGUGUUAAUUACGGUGGAGGUGGUCCCACAAAUCCCCCAAUGCCAACUGGUGGUAUUGGCAAUAUGGGACCACCCGCGAGUUCAAUGGGUCCACCACCACCAUCUCCCAAUCAUGUGGGCAAUUCACAACAACAACAACAACAGCAGCAGCAGCAGCAGCAGCAGCAACAGCAGCAACAGCAGCAGCAGCAGCAGCAGCAGCAACAACAGCAACAGCAACAGCAACACUCACCAGCUCCGCCACCUCCACCACCACCUGGCCCAUCGUCAAGUGGUCCACAAGGACCUCAACAUCAGCAUCAACAUCCCCAGAAUGCACAGCAUUCUCAUCUACAUCCACAGCAUCCACAUCAUCCACCACAUCAAGGAUCUCAACAUCCAUAUCCACAGCAUUCACAUCCUCAACAUCCCCAUCCACCAGCUGCCACUCCACCGUUGAAUCACGAGGGUAGCCCCAUGCCACCACCAAGUACUACUCCAAAUUCCCAUCCAGCGCCAGCACCAACGCCCACAAGUCACGGGGAUAUUGAUACAUCUAAUGACAGUGGUAUCACGACAACAGCAUCGGGCACUGCUGCUAUAAAUGUCACGUCGACGUCCAGUGGUACUGUUACGUCGGUUAUUACCACUGGACCUGAUGGCACCAGCAUCGAUGAGGGCUCACAGCAGUCCACAUUAUCAAAUGCAUCAGCUGCCUCUGGUGAGGAUCCCGCAUUCACCCCAAAGAUCCGAAAGGACAUGAUUGGUGGUUACCACAGUCAUCCUGCUACACCCCAGAGCACUGUACCAUCACCAGGAGCUGCCAGCAUUAAUUCGAUACACGAGGAAUAUCCAGAUAUCAACAGCCCCAGCUGGUCACGCACACCAGCUAGUCCUGUGUUUAACAGUCAUGUGCCUCAAGACCCGUACAGAUCUAAGAAGCCAGAUAGUCUGGCGAAACUCUACGAGAUGGAUGACUCCCCCGAGCGACGAAAUUGGCUGGACAAACUAGUGUCAUUCAUGGAGGAACGGAGAACACCGAUAACCAGCUGUCCUACCAUCUCCAAGAACCCCCUCGAUCUGUUUCGUCUUUACCUCUACGUGAAGGAAAGGGGGGGCUUCAUGGAGGUAUGCAAGGUGACGAAGAAUAAGACGUGGAAGGAUAUUGCUGGACUGUUGGGCAUUGGAGCAAGCAGUAGUGCAGCUUACACACUUCGUAAACAUUAUACUAAGCACUUGCUGACGUACGAGUGUCAUUUUGAUCGAGGUGGAGUCGAUCCACAGCCUAUCAUCAAUCAAGUUGAGGCUGGAUCCAAGAAGAAGGGCACGAAAGCCACUGCAUCGGUUCCAUCUCCAGGCUCCUCUAAUUCCCAAGACUCUUUCCCAGCAGCUGGAUCGAGUAGUGCCUCGAUGGAUGGCUAUGGAAAUUAUCAGGGCAAUUAUCAGGGUGGUAAUCAAGGUGGACCACCCUCUGAGUACACACCACCACCACCUAGGCCGCCAAGUCAGAGCAGUGCACCAUCGCCCCAUCAGGGUAUGCAGCAGGGAAAUUAUCAGAAUGCUGGAUCGUAUCAGAACUAUCCCCAGGAGCAGUAUAUUCGGCCACAGGGGGGACCAAUGAAUCAACAGGGUGAAUUCAACCAACCGUAUUCACCCAGAUCUCAUUAUCCUCCAUAUGUCUCUGAAGCUGACAGGGUAUAUCCAGGUGGAAACAUUCCAGGAAACAGUGGGCCAGGUCAAGAUAUGUACAACAGAUACAGUGGUCCUCAGCAGCCGGGUUAUCCCCCGGGUCAGACACCCCCAGGCAGAUCAGCGAAUUAUCCCCAGCCAGCUCAAAACCAGCCCCCAUCGACGAGCCAACCAUCCUCUCCCUCUCCAUCCCCAGCAAAUCCAACCUACUCAUGUCCUCAGGAUUAUUAUCGACAGGAGGCAGGCUAUGGUAACCCACCAGGUGGUCAAAUGUACCCAUCAAAUGUGCCAGCAGGUGGUGCAAACAAGACAAUGCCACCCCCUCCCCCAGGGCCAACCCAGCCACGAAGACAUCCAGAUUUUACCAAAGAUCAGCAGUAUCCCCAGUACAAUCAGCAACGUCCCCCUUACCCCGGCUGGCCAGGUGGUGGUAAUCAGUAUAAUCAGGUAACUGGAAGUGCAAACAACAGGGUACCAUAUCCAAAUCAACAACCACCACCACCACCCACUCAACAGCAGCCACAUCCGCCUCAUCAGCAUCAGCAGCAUCCGUCACAUUCGCCCCAUCAACAGCAUCAGGCACAUCCACCACAGCAGCCACCAUCACAAGCCCAAAGUGUAUCGGCUAAUCCACCGAGUGGACCUGUGACAAUGUCUAGUAGUAAUCAACCGUGGCCAAACUUAAGUAAUCAACAGCCAGCAAGGCCAUCCUCACAGCCUAGUAUAAAUCCAUUACCACAUGCACCACCACCACCUUGGGACAAUCGUUACCCCCAUCAAGCCUCGACACUCUAUCCACCACCUGGUUCACAUCAGGUGAGGGCGUCGCUGCUGGGCCAGCUGAGCAUGAAUCCAAUGAUAACGCAACAAACGGCGCCCAAACGAGAAAUGACAUUCCCACCUGACAGCGUGGAGGCUGUCACACCGUUGCUCUACAAAAGACGUAAAUUAGCGAGGAGUGACGUAGCACCAGUGGAGGCAUGGAGAAUCAUGAUGGCAUUGCGCUCAGGUCUACUGGCUGAGAGCUGUUGGGCCCUCGAUGUGUUAAAUAUUUUAUUGUUCGAUGACAGCUCGGUAAGUUACUUCGGCCUGACACACCUGCCAGGUCUCCUGGACGUGCUGCUGGAGCACUUUUCGCGCUCGCUAUCGGAUAUGUUCGAGUCGUCGACUUUGGAGGAGGACCACUGGGACAAGACCUCCGAUAUCCCCGAGGUUGAUCUGGGUGCUGUAUCAAGGCCAAUAGACUCCGAGGAUCGAACGAAACUCCUGACGACCUCGAAUUAUACCUUCCUAUCACGUCGUGGUCGACCUGUUAAAAUGGUACCACGUGACGACGACAUCUUCGUACUUGACAAUCGUCGGCCAUGGGAUCACCUGGAUACCGACGCCGAGUGCGAGCCCUGGCAGGUCGAUCCUAACGAUACUAAAUACAUAAUCACCUGUUUCCAGUCUGAAAUUGGAAUGGCACCAUUUGCCAGGCACUUACGUGACGAGAAGCCACCACUUCUCCAGAAGGAGGUGGAGACCCUGGAGUUGAAGGAGGACUCGAGGCACCAGGAGUGUGACAAACUACCGGAGAUAACGAAUGAGUCGUUACCCAAGUGUCCAGAGCCCCUGGAUAAGUCGUCGAAGGAGAAUGGCGAUUUAAAAUCUAAACAGCCACCCCAACACCUCCACCUCGAGAAGAAGAAGAAACCAAGAACACUGAGUGACGUUCUAUCGAGGAUAAAGAAAGAGCCAGUGGAAAUGAAUGAUCUGACACGAGAGCUCUUUGAGAAGAAGAAUGAUGGCUCAAAGAGAGACUGCGAGCCAGAGGGAAAGCAGAACAACAACAUGGGAGAGCAUCCAGUGGAGUUUACCAAGACCGAGGACAACAACUUUCCAACGCACAAUGGGCUGAGUGACUCGACGAGUAGCUUUGAUCCUCAAGUUAAAACAGAGGAUCCAGAUAUGAGUGAUGAUGAUAAGAAUGAUCACAAAAUUGAGUCGACGAGAAGAGCAAAGAAGAAAAAACCGCGACCCGAUGACGAGGGUGAGCAGACCGAUGACUCUGACGAUGAGCUCAAGGAUAAAACAAGGAAAAACGAGGAAAGACAAGAGCCAGAGGCCCAAAAGGAGGGACCAAGAUUGCAGAUAAAGGAUCCAGCUGGUACACUCAAGCGAAGAAGAAUAAGUGAUUACGAGGAUGAGAGUUAUUCGAGGGACGAGGCGAGUCUCUACCUCGUAACAGAGUCACAGGACAGCCUGGCAAGACGAUGUGUCUGUCUCUCGACAAUUCUCAGGAAUUUGACAUUCAUACCAGGUAAUGAGCUUGAAUUUGCUAAAAACGUCACUUUUCUCAGCAUCCUUGGUAAACUUUUGCUGCUGCAUCACGAGCAUCCAGUGAGAACCCAGAAGACGAGGAAUUACGAUAGAGAGGAGGACGCUGAUUUUGCUGACUCCUGCAGCAGUCUUCAGGGUGAGAACGAGUGGUGGUGGGAUUUUCUUUAUCACAUACGUGAGAAUGUAUUGGUGAUGGCAGCAAAUAUUGCUGGAUACACAGAUCUCAGUCAACAUCCUGAGGAGAUAUCGCGUCCAGUAUUAGAUGGCCUCCUACACUGGGCAGUUUGUCCAGCAGCUCAUGGACAAGAUCCAUUUCCCACAGUGACAAUGACAUCGUCGUUAUCACCCCAGAGACUUGCUCUUGAGGCAUUGUGCAAAUUGUGUGUAACUGAGAGCAAUGUUGAUCUUGUUGUUGCAACACCACCUUACUCGAGACUCCAGAGACUGUGUUCUGUAUUGACGAGGCUACUGUGUCGCAGUGAGGAGCAGGUGCUUCGUGAAUUUGGUGUUAAUUUACUCCACUUUUUGUCAGCUGCUGACUCGGGUGUUGCUAGGACAAUAGCUCUCCAGACACCGUGUGUUGCUCUACUUGUUGCAUUUAUAGAGCAAGCCGAGAGCUCGGCACUUGGUGUUGCCAAUCAGCAUGGUUUUGCUGCCCUUCGGGAAAAUCCUGAAUCAAUGGGCACGAGUCUUGAUAUGCUGAGACGAGCAGCUGGUACACUACUCAAUCUAGCUCGACAUCCUGAUAACAGAACUCUACUACUGCAGCACGAAUCUCGUUUACUUGCUCUUGUUAUGAGCCAAAUUCUCGAUCAACAAGUGGCUGCUAUCGUUGCUCGGGUGUUGUUCCAGUGCUCAAGGGGGGCUGGAACGUAACUCAAGUCGUUUUCGAGGUCCUGUUGAUUAUGUCGAGGUGAAUUCCUGGGGAUAUUGAACACUUGAGUGAAUUAUAGUGAGGUAAUAACCCCAGGGUGAUGAUUUAAACGGCCAAAAAGAGUUUAACCACGAUGGAACAUCAAUGCCGAUGAUUUAAAAAAAGAAAAACAAAAAAUACUUUGUGAAUGGGAUGAGUGAAUUAUCCUUUAGCGUUUUUUCCACAUCCGGCACAGCAGUUGUUCUAGUUUUGUAUCGAGUUACGGGAUGACGUAAUUAUUAAACGAAAAAAAAAAGGUAAUAAGGCAAACACGAAGGAUAAAAAAAAAU